CUCCUCCCCCCGUGCGUGCCCAUCUUUGCAUCCCCACUCUUCUCCCUCCGCUGCUCCGGAUCGAUCGCGGCCGCGCUCUGCCAAGGGCCGGGCGGGCACUGGGCGGGCAGCGAGGACGAGCCCGCCGUGUUUUGCCGAUCAAGGGUGUCCCUUUGGAGCUCGGCGAGGUGCUGCUGGCGGGAUGUGAUCGCAUAGCAACGCAGCAGCUGGAGGAGCAGAGCAGCGGUGCCGAGCCUCAGCAUGCAUCCCUGGCACAGGGGCUCCUCUGCUGAUUCACACGCGCAGCCCCGCUGCCCCCGCGCCUCAGACCCGGCCGCCUCGCAAGGUGCUCCAUCCCCAUGACCAUCAGCUCUGAUGCAGCCCCUGGUGAUGCAGGAAUGGCUCCAUGUGCUCCCGCCGUGUCCUGAGUGGCACACCCCGGAGCAGGCGCAGCCCAGCAGCCCUGCCUGCCCGCUGCCUCAGGUUGAAGCCUCACAGGAUGGUGCAGGACCUUCGUGUGUAACCCCCCGGGCUCCAAGCGGUGCUGCCAGGCCCCAGGCCCCUCUGGAGAUGAAUCUUUGCUGGAACGAGAUUAAAAAAAAAUCCCACAGCCUUCGGGCUCGGCUGGAGGCCUUCUCUGACCACAGUGGGAAGCUGCAGGUGCCUCUCCAGGAGAUCAUUGACUGGCUGGGGCAGAAGGAUGAGGAGCUGUCGGCACAGCUGCCCCUGCGGGGCGAUGUUCUCCUGGUGCAGCAGGAGAAGGAGACACACACGGCUUUCAUGGAAGAAGUGAAGUCUCGGGGGCCAUACAUUUACUCUGUCCUGGAGUCAGCACAGGCUUUUCUUUCCCAGCACCCAUUUGAGGAAUUAGAAGAACCAACUUUGGAAAGCAAAGAUGUGUCUCCGCGGCACCGGAUCCAGAACAUCAGCCGCUUUGUGUGGAAGCAGGCCAACGUGGCCAGCGAGCUGUGGGAGAAGCUCACGGCCCGCUGCGUGGACCAGCACCGCCACAUUGAACGGACCCUGGAGCAGCUGCUGGAGAUUAAAGGGGCUAUGGAAGAGCUCAGCAUGACCCUGGACCAGGCUGAAAGUGUGCGGGAGACCUGGGAACCCAUCGGGGACCUCUUCAUUGACUCCUUGCCGGAGCACAUCCAGUCCACCAAGCUGUUCAAAGAGGAGCUCUCUCCCGUGAAGGAUGGGGUGAAAGUGGUCAAUGAUCUUGCACACCAGCUUGCCAUCUCAGAUGUCCACCUGUGCAUGGAGAAUUCCCGUACCCUGGAGCAGAUCAACACCCGCUGGAAACAGCUGCAGGCCUCCAUAAACGAACGCCUGAAGCAGCUCCAAGAUGCCCACAGGGACUUCGGACCAGGCUCCCAGCACUUCCUCUCCUCCUCUGUCCAGGUCCCCUGGGAGCGAGCCAUUUCCCCCAACAAAGUGCCAUACUACAUCAACCACCAGGCCCAGACGACGUGCUGGGACCACCCGAAGAUGACAGAGUUGUACCAGACGCUGGCGGAUUUGAACAACAUCAAGUUCUCUGCGUAUCGGACGGCCAUGAAACUCCGGCGGGUGCAGAAAGCCCUUCGAUUGGACAUGGUCACCCUGGCCACGGCUUUGGAAAUCUUCAAUGAGCACGACCUGCAGCCCAGCGACCGGGCGAUGGACGUGGUGGAGGUGAUCCACUGCCUGACCGCCCUCUACGAGCGGCUGGAGGAGGAGCGGGGCAUCCUGGUCAACGUGCCCCUCUGCGUGGACAUGAGCCUCAACUGGCUGCUGAACGUCUUUGACAGCGGCCGCAGUGGGAAGAUGAGGGCUCUCUCUUUCAAGACGGGCAUUGCGUGUCUGUGCGGGACAGAGGUCAAGGAGAAGUUCCAGUAUCUCUUCAGCCAAGUGGCAAACGCCGGGGGCCUGUGUGACCAGCGGCACCUGGGCGUCCUGCUCCACGAGGCCAUCCAGGUCCCGCGCCAGCUGGGCGAGGUGGCGGCGUUCGGGGGCAGCAACGUGGAGCCCAGCAUCCGCAGCUGCUUCCGCUUUAGUAAUGGGAAGUCUGCCAUUGAGGCAUCCCAGUUCCUGGAGUGGGCCAACCUGGAGCCGCAGUCCAUGGUGUGGCUGGCGGUGCUGCACCGGGUGGCCAUGGCCGAGCAGGUGAAGCACCAGACCAAGUGCUCCGUCUGCCGGCAGUGCCCCAUCAAGGGGUUCAGGUAUCGGAGCCUGAAGCAGUUCAAUGUGGAUAUCUGCCAGACCUGCUUCCUCACUGGGCGAGCCAGCAAGGGCAACAAGCUGCACUACCCCAUCAUGGAGUACUACACCCCGACCACAUCCAGUGAGAACAUGAGAGACUUUGCCACGACACUGAAGAACAAGUUUCGGUCCAAGCAGUACUUCAGCAAGCACCCACAGAGAGGUUACCUGCCCGUCCAGUCUGUGCUCGAGGCUGACUUCUCCGAGACCCCAGCCUCCUCCCCGAUGUUGCCGCAUGCCGACACACACUCCCGGAUCGAGCACUUUGCCAGCAGGCUUGCAGAGAUGGAAAGCCAGAACUGUUCCUUCUUCAGUGAUAGCCUGUCCCCUGAUGACAGCCUGGAUGAGGACCAGUACCUGCUGCGCCACUCCAGCCCCAUCACGGACAGAGAGCCUGGGGGCAGCCAGCAGCUUCCAGGAGGCCUCAACAUGGAUGACAAGGGAGAGCUGGAGAGAGUCCUGGCCCACUUAGAGGAUGAAAACAGGAUCCUCCAGGGAGAGCUGAGACGUUUGAAAUGGCAGCAUGAUGAGGCAGUGGAGUCCCCAAGCUUGGCCACAGGCUCACCUGAAUCCGUGCAAGACCCACGUAACGAGGAGCUCCUGGCAGAAGCACGAAUCCUGCGGCAGCACAAGAGCCGCCUGGAGACACGGAUGCAGAUCCUGGAGGACCACAACAAGCAGCUGGAGUCACAGCUGCACAGGCUGAGGGAGCUGCUGCUGCAGCCUCCAGCAGAGUCAGAAGGCAAUGGUUCAGCAGCCUCCUCCUUGGCUUCAUCUCCACAUCAGUCAGAAGGCAGCCAGGCAAAGGAGAAAGAGCACAACACCCCUGACACGGAAACUGCAGAUGAGGUGGAAGCCAAAACCCAGGAAGUCAGCAUGUGCCUGGAAGACAUAAUGGAGAAGCUGCGGAGCGCCUUCCCCACCUCCCGAGGUAUGACCUCCCUUAUCUAACACCUCCUGUGAGCCAGAGGCUUUUCCUAACCAGCUACCUGGCUGCUUUCCUUCCCCUCUCUCCCUGCCAUGCUCCCUGUGCUGCAGCAGACCUCACACAGUCUCCCUCCGAGCUGGUGGUGCAGGAUGCUUGCCAGCUGCAGAAGAUCUCAGGGGAACAUAGGUCAUGCAGGAGUGGGACUGUGGGCUCCCCAGGAGGCUGGUUUCAUCAGUGGGCUGCAGUGUCCAAGCCUGGGUGGGAUGGUUCAGAAGAAAGAACUGAAGCCAUGAAAACUGCCUGUCUCCCCUGGCACCCACGGGCUGCUGCCUUUGCCUGUAGCCCUCGGGGGAUGCAGAGCUCAGCAUCCCACUCCUCAUUCGUGCCCAGGAGCUUCCAGGUCUAUGGGCACCAAAACACACCUGGAGGCACACAAUUUUUAAAAUAACUCUUUAUAACAGUAACCAGCUGACAGCCUUAUGGUUUGAACUCUGCCACCCAAGGCUCUGCAGCCAGCCAGGCACAUACCACCAGGAGAGAGUCUGUGAGGUUUAUGGAGUAGGGAUUGAGUCCAUGUUAGAGCUUCAGCCCAGCUAGUAGCCUUAUAUUCAGAGGGUCUUUAUAACAGAGCCUUAUUGUUUAAUUUGCAUAUAUUUCUAUAUAUUAUAUAUAUAUAUACUGUACUUAAAUACUCUCAUGGACUCACUCUAUUAAACUCUAAUACCUUAAGUGUAGCUGCCCUUCACUUUCAGAGCAGCCCAACUCCUGCUCCCGGGGGAACCAGCACCUUCCCUGUUGCUGCUGUUGCUGCAGGGCUGCUGUGAGGGAGCUCAGUGAGGGCUGGACCCACAGCAGGUACUUCAUCCUGCCUGGUUUCCUGGGGAUCUGUGCCUUUGCCGUGGCAGAGUCCUGCACAGACCCAGCUCCUUGCCUGGGGAGCCUCAGCUGCUGCAGGGAGGGUUUCUCCAGCCGUACCCCAGCCCCGAGGCCGCUUGGGCUGAUGCCAGUGCAUGGCAGAGUGGCGGGCAGCAGGGCAGGAAGGGCACCUGGUGCUGCCCCAGGGAGCAGCUGCCCUGCUGCUGCUGACCAGCUUUGGGUCAGGCUGGGCUGGAGCCCUCCUUGGCAGCGGUCCCGUGGCAGUGCAGGGAGGCUGGGCAGCCCGGGGGUGGUGGCUCGGGUGCCCAGGGUCCCUGGGCUGGCUGUCUUGUGCUGUGGUAUGUCGAGAAAGGCAGAGUCAGGUGCUGCAGGGUAACCCAGAGCGGGGGCUGGCAUGGCCCUGCUGCUCUGGAGCCACGGGUUGUGGAGAGGUGAGAGGCUUGAGCCCCCUCGGGGCAGGGCAGGGCUGCACACCGGGGUGAAACAUCCCAUUUAACGGGGCUGGCAAGGACAGAGCCGGGGCUGCUGCUGCUGGCAGGGACAGGACACGGUGCUGAGCUGUCCGGGGAGGUUGUGACCAGGGCAGCCCAGGGCUGUGGGCUUGGCUCUGGGCUGUUGGCAGAGGUGAGGAGCAGUGUCCACCCCAGGGACAAGGUGGUGUGAGCCCUUACAGCCGGGGCAUUCAGCAGGUAGCGCUCCGGUGGCUGCUGGCAGCAGCGUGGGUGGCUGUCCUUGCUGUCCCCUGUGCCGGCCAGGUGAGUGGCAGGAGGGCAGUGUGGUGGAAUUCGGGUGGCUUUGGCAUGCUGUGUCAGGCUGUGGGUGAGAGGGACACCGGGCCAGCCUGUGAAACAGAGCUGGACCCCUCUGUUAUCCCAGGGGCAGGAUGGGAGCAGCGUGGGGAGCAGCAGAGUGAGGCUUGGCCUGAGAGUGUGCUCAGGAGCAUACAGCCUUGGGGGGCACUGGAGGAAGAAAAAGGGCAGAAUUCUCUGGGACCAGAGCUGUUGGCCCCAGUGCCAGGUGUGGGGAGCAGAGGUGGCCAGGUUGGAUGCUUGGUGUUUGGGAGCCAGGAUGUGUCAGGGAGGGGAGCAGGCUGGCUAAUGCUCUGGUAACUAUGUACUGUGGUGCUGCUGUCCUCACUGCUUUGUGGCAUCUCUGCUCUGGAAAGAGAAUAAAUUUGUAUUUAUACUGAUUCCUGAA